UAACGUAAGUAUUGACAGAGUAAGUCGCAAAUGAUAUUUCCAGCAAGUAAGAUGGAAUCGAGAGAUAUCUUCAAUCCUACCGUUAGAGUAAAAAAAGAGCCUCGUGAGGAGCCUCUCAAUGAUGAUGAUUAUAAAAUAAUUGACACGACACCCAUUACUCAAAAUAUUAAAUACGAAAGGUUUUGGCUAGAAAAUUCAAACCGAAUGCUUCAAGGAUAUGACGAAAAUCAUGCAAGUGAACUGGACGACCUAGAAAUCGAAAUGGAAUGUACAGACAUGAAGCCCAAUUUAUUGGCGAAAAUUGAAGAUUUCUCUCCAAAUCACAGGCAGCAUAGCGAUGAUUAUAAAACUAGAAGCAUCAUUAAAUUAGAAACUGUCGGGUCAGUGAAGAAAGAAAUUUUUAGCGAAGAAGAAACUGAUUUGAAUUUCGGGCGUGAACUCAGCGAGAUAAAUGAAACAGGAAGUGUUUCAAAAGAGAUUACUGGAAAAGAGAUUAACAAUAAUCAUAGGCUAAAAACUCACGUUGAAUCAGCUCGAAAUGGCAAUAUCACACCUGCAUGUGGUACUUGCGGAAAAGUGUUCAAACGAAGAAGUGAACUCAAUAGGCACAUCGAUUCGGUGCAUCAUAAAAUAAGGCAUGCAUGUAAUAUAUGCCAAAAGAAGUUCGCGGAGAAGAGUUAUUUAAAAAAGCACAUCGAUUUGGUGCACAAGCGAGUGGGACAUGCAUGUGACAUUUGUGGAAAGACAUUCUCACAAAAAAGUCAUCUCAAAAUCCACACCGAAUCGAUGCAUAAUGGUGUUAGACAUGCAUGUAAUAUUUGUGGAAAGACAUUCUCACAAAAGGUUUAUCUCAAACCCCACGUCGAAUCAAUACAUCAUAAAAUUACGCAUCCUUGUAAUAAAUGCCAAAAGACAUUCUCAGACAAGAGUAAUCUUAAAAAACACAUCGAAUCAAUACAUAAUGGUGUUUCACAUGCUUGUGAUGUUUGUGGGAAGACAUUCACACUAAAAGGUAAUCUCAAAACUCACAUCGUUUCGGUGCAUAAUACUGUCAGACAUGCAUGUGAUAUUUGCGAAAAGACAUUCGCAACAAAGUAUUAUCUCCAAAACCAUAUCGACACUGUACACAAUGGAAUCGGCUUUGCGUGUGAUGUGUGCGAAAAGAUUUUCACACUGAAAAGUCAUCUCAAAAUGCAUAUGAAUGCGGAGCACAAUGAAAUCACCCAUCCAUGUGAUUUCUAUGAAAAAAAAUAUAAAUAUCAAGCUCUGCUCAGUAAGCAUGUCAAAUUGUCGCACAAUGGUACCACUCAUUUAUGCGAGACAUGCGGCAAGACAUUCGGACAGAAAAGAAAUCUGAGAGUCCACAUCGAUAAAGCGCAUUGCUCGCUGAAUAUGACCUAAUAAAUGUUUAUAAUUUAUGUUCAAUCACAAAUUCAAAUGUAAGAUCAAGUUGAUCUCUUCAGACGACUAAAUUAAUCA